AUGAGCACACAUCCCGCAUUUUUCUUCGAUUCGACAGUCCCACAUUUCGCAACAGACUCGAAAUACCGACAAAUGUUUGACACUGUUCCCCUUACAUUUGAUCGCGUUCACCAAGGACAUAUCGCCUCGUCUGCGUUCCCCCUAUUCAAGUUGCCUGUCGAGUUAUUUGGUCACGUCACUAAAUACCUGUCGAUAAAAGACCUCAAGGCGCUUGCAUUAGUCGACCGAGACUGCUACAAACUCGCCGCACUGAGCCAGUACAGGACAUUGCAAAUAGAAGCUCGUAUACAAGCUCCUGGAGCUUAUGCAUUCAGCCAUGGACAAUGUGUGCGCAGGCUGAAUGUCAUUCCACCGCCUUGGGGAAAAGAUAGCGCAGUACCGAGCCUAGGACGCCCUCCGUGUCACACAGGCACCUCCCUGUUCCUUCCUAAUCUUUCUAUUCUGAAUUGGGAUGGCCCCUCUUUUACCGCCGACACAAUCUUAGAAUGCAUGCGUACUAGCUCUGUCCAACAUCUGCGUAUACGCGGGGCUGUGGUGAAGUCAUUAUCAACGACUCUCCCGCUUAUUUCGACACCAUGCCCCCUCGAAACUCUGAGUUUGGAUAUUGACUGGUCCGACGGUGACAGCAGCCAAGGAAACGUGUUGCUUACCGAACAUCUCCUCCGUGCAUUUUCACCACACCUACGACAGUUAAUAUGGAAGGGGCGUCAGACACGCUAUAACGACACCUUUACGAGACAUUUACCCUCCUUCCCCAGACUAAGGUCUUUGGUGUUGGACUCUGUCCUCCUUCAUAGCGAAGACGCACUGUAUCACCUUUUCGGGAAUAAAACAUGUAUUGACUCCUUGUCGGUCGAUACCGCCAGCCCUGCCAAUAGAGCGUUUCUGCGCACGUGUGGAAGCCUUCCUACACUCCAACAUUUUUCAGCCAUUCACGAUGCAUGGAGUGACUGCCUCUAUCAGGACCUCCUAACCUUCCUUGAACACAACGAUCAUUUGGAAACUGUCCAUAUAGCCCAUCCUAUCCCUCCCACGGAUAUGGACCUACGACUUCUCCCCAUUCUAAAUCAAUAUUUUGGCGCCCUUACCUCUCUCAGGCUCGUGUUUGACGAUAUAGACAUAUCUCAACAAUCGUUACAAACCAUUUCCUCCAUAACCACCCUCAAACAACUUUGGCUAUCGGCCGGUAACCAAGGCUUCCGGAGCACAUGGGUAAUUCGCCACCACGAUAUCUUAAAAUAUCUCAAACCGCUCACCGGUAUUGAAACCCUUGCAUUUUCUCAAGACACCUAUAUCACGCCGAAUCCUCACGUUCUCUCCCCACGCAUCGACUACUACGCAAGCAAAGCAUUACCCGUUGGCGUUGAUAUCGCCGCAUAUCUGACAUCGCCUGAAAAUUUACUUUAUGAAGGGCACAACGUCGACUACGAGACAGGCAUAUCACAACAGGCACAGAUGCGAGAACAGGCCUGGGAACGGUGGCAUGCAGAUUGUAUGCUAACGUUUGCCAAUCAAUACUCCCAGGCUUUCCUGUCUCUGCGUUGGUGCUUCCUGGGCCAGCUUGCUUUCUCCGGUGACAAUCAAACAGGCUUUGCGGUGGUAGACACAAAGUUACGACGAGAGCCCUGUCUAGUCUCUCUCCGGAAGAAGAUGUCAAUAGAUAUAUGGCGCCCUGAGUGA